AUGCAGAGGAAGCAAGAUUGGACAAGGUAUAAUCAAUACCUCCGAAAGCCCUACUUCUACUGGGACAAGGACGGCCUGGACUUGUGCUGCUGCAUCAACGAGCCUCUAGGUCACUCACUUUACAGCCGACCGGAAUUAGAAAGACCGAUGAAGACAUUGAAGGAGCUUACUGCCGACGGACCAAGACAUCCCUUCAGAUUGGUAAUCUAUAAAGGAGUCUCAGUGGGGGACGACUGGAUGUGGAAACUCUCUCACCAUCGCGUGAAUAUGGGAGAUGUGUCUGCUUGCACUCAAGGAAUCACACGAUAUCUCUUUCGGUUCUGGCAUGACGAGAGCGCGGGCGGAAAUACAGAGGGUUGUUUCAAGAGUGAACGUGAAAAGCAAGGUAUGUGUGCCGACCUGGAGCUCAUGGGCGAACAAGACAUCCAGGAGAGUCUGAUCCGACAUUUAAGAAACACAAAAGGACACUUCCAAAGUCCCUGGGUCUCUCUCGCGACAUCUCCGCUUUGGGUCUUCUCGCAGGCUCUCGCCGUUAUGGAGCAAGGAUGCCAGAAUCUGAGACUUGCCAUCAUCGACACGUGGAGCCUCCGUGAGGGUACUUAUCUUUUCCACAGCGAAGCAUUGCUCAGGGCCUACAAUGUCGUUAAAAGCCUGCCUUUCCUCAACAUGGGCGAGCCAGAGGUGUUGGUAUGGAAAGAAAUCCGCGCUCCGAUGACGGUUGUGCGUCUAGACGAAUUUUUGCCCAGUGUGUUGGAGAGGGGAUACCUCAAGCCAGGCUACCUAAAACUGCAACCCUUCCAUUACAAGCAGUUAAACUCGGGAUUCACAAAGAAGCAUAGCGCUAAGAGGAAGACAGCGGGCCCGGAGACAGACAACAACAAACACGGCGGCAAGAGGAAGAGAGCGGGUGCCGAGACAGACGACAAGAAACAAAGGAGCCGCCCACGAAGACCAUACGAGAUCAGAAAGAAGAUAUGUCCAAACCAGACCACCUCUGAGGCGUUUCUGGAUAUAAGGCUCGAACAGCAAGCUCCAUGGAGGUUUCCGAGGAGACACUGCGCUGGCAGAAUGUCCCAAGGGGAGCAGCCCGGCCGGAAAACUGGGUGUUUCCGUGUCCCGAUGGCAGCAUAUCAGCUCGACGAAUACGUGGAGUUCCUGAAGAGAGAAGUCCCGGCAGUAGAAUUUCAAUUCCCAAUGCUGAUUGCUCUACUCUCGACUCGCACCAGGGAGCUGGAAUACGACUCUAUCCUCGACGCAAUCCAAGAAUCGGGCAGCGAUGUUCCAAUGUUCCAGGCUCAUAAACAGUGCAUUGUCUCGGAUAGUAGUGCUUCGCAAAGCCUGCCCGAGUUGGCCUCCUUUGAGAGACUAUUCCGAGACGCAAGUGUCAGGCUGGGGAUCCCGGUCGUCAAGAGUCCUGGCGUGCGGAAUUUCUGGCCCUUAGAAUCUCCGCACACCGAGAUUCCACCAAUUGAUAAGGAGUUCAGUGAGUUGGCCCUGGACGUCGUCCAAGGUCGGGAGAAGCAACAUAUGAGACUCAAAGAAGAGGAAGUCGGACGAGAAGAAGCCCGACAAAAGGAAGCUGAAAAGGACAAUAUCAUGCGGUGCAGGAGGCAGGAGGCAGAGGAGAGGCGCAAGACCCUAGAGUCUGGGCUGCUGUCACAAGGGCUCGAAGGGCGAGUCAAUUGCUUGCACAAACACUCGAUCUGGAACGAUCCUGGUAUUGCAGGCCUUUUUUCUGCCCCAGCACGAAAGCAGACACCUGUCACCACCCCACCCAUCGACCAUAAGGAUCCCCGUCGCGACGAGACCACAAUCUUGCCUAGUAUAACGACUAUCGACGCUAAUGCCGGCGAAGACACGUGUAUACUGACGACAAUCAUGGAGGAAGACUCGCACAUCAAGCUCGCAUGA